GUUUGUGGUCUGGUCUCUGGUGGGGGAGGACCAGACCAGACUCUAUAAAGUCUGGUCUGUUUCUGUCUCAGAGACUGAAGCUGGUCUGAUCAUGGCGUCGUCCUUCCUGCUGCUCUGGGCUCUGGCUCUGCUCUCGGUCACCGUGGAGGCCUCCUCAUCUGGAGGAACCUUGGACCGUGCUAAACUGGCUGGACAGGCGGAGCUGUUUGGAUCUGACCUGACUAAUCUCUAUAACUCUCCGGUCUACCUGGCUGAGAGGAUGCAGAGGCCUCUGGACGGGUGGCCAUUCAAGUUGGGAGACAUCAGCCACACAGGAGUUCGGGUGACGCUGAGAGACGGCAGCCAGUGGCUCAUCCAUAAAGGACACAACGCCGGCAUCUCCUCAAACACGGUGGUGACCGACGCCCGACACAUGAGCUCCAAGUGGAGUACUUUGUCAACCAGAGACUUCCAGGGCUCGAGGACGGUGUCUGACUUCGUGGGCGCUGGAGGCCCCAACUACAACCUCGCCCGGGACAACUGCCACAUGGCAUCUGAUCGGAUGAUGGACCAGUGAAAGAGUUCCUCUGUUUCAUUAACGACAAUAAAGACGAAACGUGGCAGAGAGA